AUGAAGAAGAAGUCGAACCUGGAAGAAGCUCUACUCGCUCUACUCCUCAUCGGCCCUGUGUCUUCGUGGUUCGAUCCGAACGAUUUUGGCGUUGCUCAUUACCGAAUGGCAACGUCAUUGCUUAAUCAGAAGCUCAGUCUAGAUACUGUUGAUCGUAGUAUGGAUGUGGAUCUCAGCAAUCGCUUCUUCUCAGAAUCAUUGGUGUACUGGUGGAUGUUGCUUUGCUUUGCGCCUGCAACCUAUGAUAUCACUUCUCCCGAGCUGCUGGAUAUUCAACACAUCCACAGUUCGCCUAUAGGGUCCAGGAGGCAUCCACAUCCGUGGACGGGCGCGACUACCUGGCUCUUCUCGAACAAUUCCAGGAAACAAUGGACAAACGGCUGGCGGUCCCGUCGACAAGCCAACGUGUUUCUGUCCAGAAGUCAGAUAAAUGCCGACCAGAAUGAUCUUAAUAAAGCCACCGAGCUCGAGAACGAGCUUCUUUCCCUCUCCCUCGCAGAAGAGACCGAGUUAACCGACGCAGAAGAUCCAGAAGUAUCAACUGGAGACUUUAUCAAUGUAGCGGAGAGCUUCAAGUUCUGCGCAUUACUAUUGUUAUACCGAGGGUUCCCUGAUCUACUAGAUGUACGGUUGAACGCAAUUUCAUACAACCAAAUAGGUGGCGACAAUGCUCAGACGAAUAAGCUGAAACGUCAACAAUGGCUCACCUCAUCAGCCUUGCGUGCUCUCGAGCUCCUCGAAGAUACAUUGAGGCCAUGCAGCCUCCAGAGCCUCCAACCCAUACUUAUGAUCGUCAUCGCCGGCGAACUACACUACCACCACCUCAGCAACGAGGGACCCGAAUCAGGGGAGAAUUGCGAUGCUGCUCUGAACGAAUACCUCGAUGUACUCCAACAGUUUGAGCCCGAAGAGGGCUCGGCGGGGUUUGUUAGUCGUGGGCAUCAAACUAUUACAAUGGCACGCGGUGAGAUUCAGAGACGUGUUGAGCUGGGUAGUGUAGCGCUACCUAGUACAACGACGGAGCGCAUGUUCAAGAUAAUCCGAGAGACGUAUAGGUUGAUGGAUGAAGGGAGUGAGAAUGUGUUCUGGGUAGACGUUAUGCUUGAGAAUAAUUGGACUGCGGUAUUUGGGUAA